UUUUCAGAUACAGGUCAUAUUCAAGUGGAUGUACCAUUAUCUAACUAUACUAAAUACCUGGGACAGACUAUACGAUUAAACUGUGAAAUAACAGGUGACCCUACCCCUCAAUAUAUCUGGUAUAAAAAUACUCUGGAAAUUGAUGAAAAUGUUGAUACUAGAUAUAGUGUUAAACCUACUGAUUGGGGAUCAAGAUUGCGUAUUGUGAAUCUAGCAGCUGAUGAUGCUGGUCUGUAUUCCUGUAAAGCUAUAAAUAGAUUUGGUUCUAAAGAAACUAGUGGACAGUUAGUCAUCAAGAAUGAAUAUCCACCACCACCUAAAGUUCAACCUGAUUCAGGUCGUAAUAAGAAUAAUAAAAAAGAUGGUAGUGAUACAAUAGAUUAUGAUAUUAAAUCUAUUUUACCAGGAGCUGAUGGUAGCAAUGGAGGGAAAGAUGACAUAGAUCAAGGUGAUGGAUUUUGUCAAGUUCAUCGUGGUAGUACAUGUUCUAAAUAUGUUGGUAACAAGAGUAUCUAUGUGUCAACUAAAUUUACUCAAGGUCUUCGUGAAGAACGAUUUAUAGCUGCAUUUGCUGUAAUAGGUUCAUCCAAUCAUUUAUCUAAAGAGUGCCAAACAUUUGCCAUCCCUUCCUUAUGUUACCAUGCCUUCCCAUUGUGUGAUGACUCCAGAGGUAAACCAAGACCAAAACAGAUCUGUAAAGAUGAAUGUGAAGCUUUAGAAGAUAAUAUUUGUAAAACAGAAUAUAUCUUAGCUAAACGUCAUCCAUUGAUAGGUGAUAGAUUAUUACCAGAUUGUAGUAAGCUAGCUGGACCUGGUACACCAGAAGGUGAUGACUGUAUCAGAAUUGGUGUACCUAUGUCUAAAAAAUCUAACAAAAAUAAGAAAGACAAUUCAGAUGAAGCUAAUUGUUAUAAUGGUACUGGUAGUAAUUAUCAGGGUAAAACAAGUCGUACUAAAUCAGGCUAUACUUGUCAAUCCUGGCAAUCCAAUAAACCUCAUCAACAUUUCUAUACUGCUACAUAUCCUGAAUUAGCUAUGGGUGGACAUAAUUACUGUCGUAAUCCUGGAAAUGAAGAAAGUGGACCAUGGUGUUUUACUACUAAUAAAAAUGUACCGAAAGAAUUGUGUGACAUACCUAAAUGUGGCAAUCAAGGUACACAGAGUACACAUGUACCAGGUGAAGAAGGCAACAAGUUAAUGUUUAUUUUGGUACCUGGUAUAACAGUACCAUUAGCACUAGCUCUAUUGCUAGCCUUGGUUUGUUUCUGUCAAAGAUCACGAAGUAACAACAGUAAAGGAAAAGUACCAAGUAGAAAUACUGGUGCUGGUGUAGGGAGUGGUAAUCAUGAGAUGACACCAUUGAAUCCUAAAACUGGUACCAGGGCUCGUGAGUUUCCUAUGAAUAAUGUAAGAUUUCUACAGGAGCUGGGAGAAGGAGCAUUUGGGAAGGUCUAUAAAGGAGAGCUAAUGGGACUGUAUGGUGACAAUACUGUAACAAAAGUAGCAAUUAAAACUCUGAAGGAAAAUGCAGCACCUAAAGUUCAAAAUGAUUUUCGGAGAGAAGUGGAUCUAAUGUCUGAAAUGCGGCAUCCGAAUAUUGUGUGUUUAUUAGGUGUGUCUAUGAAACAGGAUCCAAUGUGUAUGUUAUUUGAAUAUAUGACGCAUGGUGAUCUACAUGAGUAUCUAAUAGCUCAUAGCCCUAAUUCAGAUAUCUCAAAUUUCGAGGAAAGUGGUCAGCAAAAGAUAUUAGAUUAUUUGGAUAUGUUACAUAUUGCUACUCAGAUUGGUGCUGGAAUGGAAUACCUUGCUAGUCAUCAUUUUGUUCACCGUGAUUUGGCUGCUAGAAAUGUGUUGGUUGGUGAUAAUCUUAUUAUUAAGAUAUCUGAUUUUGGGUUAUCACGAGAUAUCUACUCUUCUGAUUAUUAUAGAGUCCAGAGUAAAUCUCUACUCCCUGUUCGUUGGAUGCCUCCAGAGUCAAUAAUGUAUGGUAAAUUCACCACCGAUAGUGAUGUAUGGUCUUUUGGAGUUGUUCUGUGGGAAAUAUUCAGCUUUGGUCUUCAGCCUUACUAUGGUUUCUCUAAUCAAGAAGUUAUAGAAAUGAUCAGAUCCCGUCAAUUACUGCCUUGUCCUGAAGAAUGUCCAGCUAGAAUCUAUGGUUUAAUGGUAGAGUGUUGGCAUGAGAUGCCUAAUAGAAGACCACCAUUCAGAGAGAUUCAUGCCCGAUUGAGAGCAUGGAAGGGAGAACUUUUGGCUAGUCAGAAUCCUCACUGGAGUAUAUCUCAGAGUCAAUCAGCUCAUUCAAGUAGCACUCAUCAGAGUUCUCACAGUCAACCCAGUCAUCAUAGUAGUACUGGUCCUAGUAAUACCACAGCUGUUACUGGUCUCACUGGUAGUAGUAAUACAUCAGAUCAACUAAUGCCUUACCCUCAAUAUUCAGCUCAACAACAACCU